AUGACCUACUCCCCAAGGUGGAUCGUCGAGCGCAAGGACAAGGGCUAUCGGUUGAAGGCUCAUGAAGCCCCUACCGGCGUUGAAGGAGAUCGGGUUGUUGCAUUCCUCAUAGACCGGGCGACUGGGCCCGAGGAUUGGAUCAUUACUGCGCAGCCUCAACAUGGCAAGAACGUCUACAUAAUCGAGAGACAGGACCGCAGCUCGGGUUGGGUUGUGAAGGAGGAGGGUGAUGGCACGUUCGGCGAUCCUAUCCUGGCCAAGCCGUUGAUUGCAACGAAGAGUUUGCCUCCUCAGUAUCUUCCCACUGAGCUCUUCACAUUCGUUCGUAUCGACAGGGACCACUAG